CCUCGUGCUCUAUCCAUCAUGGCGGAUAUCUGUUUUCAAGAGGAUAAUAACGUCACAUGUGAAGAGGAUUAUUCGUUUUUACAAGGCGGGCAUGGGACCUUCGAGGGCGGCGCCGACAUGACGGAGAAACAGGAAGACGAGACGGAAGAUAAGAACGACUACGGGACAGAGGAGCAUACCCACAACCCUGACGAGCUACUGCCCCCUGUCGCAAAACUAGAGAAAUAUGCCAACAGCGAUAUAAUUUUCAACAGACAAUUGGUGGCUCGUAGCAUCCUCGAAACACUACGUGUGGUUGCUGACAAUGAAGAAGAAGUUGACCGUGUUGUGGUCGUUCUUCGGAAGCUUUCUGAAGACAGUGAGCCAAGCAUUCGUGCUGAACUCAUGGAACAAAUUCCUCACAUUGGAACUUUUUGCUAUGAAUGGGGAGGUUACUUAGCAGAUAUAAUACCCUCAGUUAUAGUGCCAACUGUCGUUAAAUAUCUUACUGAUAUUAACAACCAGGUUCGUAAAACAACACAAGCUGCUCUGAUGGUGAUGGUGGAACAGGAAUUGAUCGAAAAAGUAAAACUAGAAGAACACAUAUGUCCUCUGGUGUUACAAUUAACAGAAACUGAGCAUAUGGAUGAUCAUAGAACAGAGGCUGUAGCUUUGAUGAGUAGAAUGGCGCCUUUGGUUGGUAAAGAGAUGACAGAAAGACUCUUUCUAGAGAGGUUUGGAAAUCUUUGUCUAGAUGCCUCUUUCCACAUACGAAAGGUGUGUGCAUCAAAUUUUGGAGCAUUUAGUGGAGUGGUUGGACAAAAGAUAACAGAAAACAUUCUGCUUUACAAGUUCCAGUAUUUAUGUGAGGAUGGUGUUUGGGGUGUAAGGAAAGCAUGUGCUGAAGUUUUUAUGCCAAUCUCUUGCGUAUGUUCCAUGGAAACCCGUCGUAAAGAGCUAGCUCCUCUUUUUGUUUCCUUGUUAUGUGACCAGUCUCGCUGGGUAAGAAUGGCAGCUUAUCAAGCUUUAGGCCCUUUCAUCUCAACAUUUGCUGAUCCUAGUAAAACGGGUCUUUAUUAUAGUGAAGAUGGAGUUAUCACGGUCAAGGAGGAAGUGGACAGUACAGUAAUCGAAAAUGUGGUACCAUCUACUGAAUGCGAGAGUACUCCUGUUAGUACAAAAUCUGAAUCUGUAGACUGUGAUGAUAGAAUUGAUCAAAAUGCUCCCCAGAGUUCCAUAGAAACCAGUCAUAUAAAGAGUAGUAAAUCUGAUGCAAAUCCAAAUGUACAUAAAGAAAGUUUCAAUGUUGCAAGUUCUGCUGUGAUAGAAAGUCAUAAUGCUGCUGAAUCAGAUGAGAUGGAACUAACAUCAGAAGAUUCCUCUGAUAGUGGAGAUAGCAACAACAAUGUUUUUCAAGUCUACUCAGGCCAAGAAAGUGGCAUGGAGAUUUCUCUUGAAGAAAAGUUAGCUGAACAGUUUUUUCAACAUCGACCUCCAACAGAUGUAUCCAGUCAGAGUUCAGGUAGUCGUAGGGUUAGUGAAUCAGAAAGCUUUAGUGAAGCUGGAAGCUCCAAAUAUUUUAUCACAGAAGGUUCCCGCAGCAGACAAGAAAGUGUUUCAGAAUCGCCAUUAACUGUGACUUCCAAAGAUGGACAUCUGCAUGUUCGAAUUGAUAGUGAAAGUGCCUUCAACACAUUUCAGUUUUGGCGUAUCCCCAUUCCAGAUAUCGAAUUAGAUAUUGAGCUUGCAGGAAGAACCACCAACGUCCACAUCAGGUCCAGAGUACAUGAUACUGACCACCAGCAGAUCUGCUCUUCAGAUUUGAGUGUCCUACUCACAUCAGUACAAAAGAAUGACAGUUGUCAAAAGGCUGAAAUGAAUGCUCUCAGUGAAAACCUAGCUAGAACUAAGCUAAGCCAAAAUUUAAGUAAUUCUUCAACUUCGAGCAUGCAAACUCAAGAAACUUCAUACAGUACAGCUCACGUGCAAACAACCUAUGUUAGCUCACUGACGGACCUUCAGAAGUCUACUACCCAAGUUCUAUCCUCUAGUUUGAAUGAAGCUUCAGUUUUACUAACACAUGGAGAAUCUUCAGAGUUUAGAAAGACCAGAAUGAACCUUUGCAGUCCUGAUGUGGAAAUGUUGCUCCAGCCUUUGCAUGCAGCACAUGGAACCUCCCUUUCUGUUGAAGAACACAUAAUUUCUCCCUCCGAUCAGGACAUUGUUCCUCCAGAACUUUUAGAGCAUUAUGUCAGCAUGACAGAUCCCACACGAGCCCAGACAAUUGAUGCUGAGAUAGCCCGGCAGUGUGCUUACAGCCUCCCAGCUGUAGCCCUAACGCUAGGGCGAAAGUAUUGGCCAUGUUUGAAGACCACGUAUAGAGCUCUGGCCUCAGACAUGCAGUGGAAGGUUCGGCGAACAUUGGCCUCAUCUCUCCAUGAGUUGGCGGUUAUUCUGGGACCAGACCUUGCUACAAGAGACCUGUUACCUGUCUUUGCCAGCUUUUUGCGAGACUUAGAUGAAGUUCGUAUAGGUGUUUUGCAACAUUUAUCACAUUUUUUAAAGCUUCUGAAGCCUUUAGAACGACGAGAAUUUUUACCUAGAUUAUCAGAAUUUCUUAAAAUGGACAAUGACAAAAACUGGAGGUUUAGGUUAACUCUGUCAGAGCAAUUAACAGGAGUGACAGAUCUCUACAGCCCUACAGACAUAAAGGAAUACUUAGUUCCCAUGGCAAUGAUUUUGGUGAGAGACAAGGUAGCACUUGUGAGACAAACAUCACUUCAAGUGGUCAGUUUUGUUUUCCUAGUAUUUAAUAAUUGUAGUAACUUGUGUAAGAAUAAACCAAAACCCGAACUUGCUGAAAAGUUUACUCACGCAUCUAAGUGGUCUUUAAGGCAGACCUUUGCAUUUUUAUGCCACCAUUUUGUCCUUGAAAACUCAGUGCCUAUUGAACAAUUUGCCUGUGACGUCCUUCCACACCUCUUAAAGUUGUCUUGGGAUGGUGUUCCAAAUGUUAGAAUGGCUGUUGCCAAGUGUUUGUCCCAAACAGUUUGGCCCCUUGACUAUUUUUCCAGCAGCCAGAAUCCUCACCACGAAUUGUUACUUCAAGCCUUAAGAAGGUUACAAGUAGACAACGACAGAGAUGUAAGGAAUUUUGCUCAUCUAACUCUCCAGGAAAAUAGCUAUUCUUUUAAUCUGAUGGUUCCUCCAGUUUAGGCACCAACAAAGUAGAAAUUCUGUCAGCUGUCUAGUCUCUCUGGUCUCCAGGUUUAUCUCAUGUUGAAAAAAAUAACAUUGGAAGCCCCGAUUAGAGUGACUUACACUUUCAACUUGUAUGUGGUCUCAGCCAUGCAGUAAACUUUUUCAACAACCAUCAUGAUAAAAAAAUGUGCAAUUUAUUAUCUCAAUCAGUUGCUCAUUGAGUUGGCUGUGAUAUACAUCUAUGUUUGAUGCUUGAUAUCUCUUGCAACUGGCAGAAGAAUGGAGGAACAUUAAAAAGAUACUAGUAAUUGUAUAAGUUUAGUUAUUAUGUACAGAAAAAAUAAAUAUUUGAAAACUGAUUUUACACAUAAACGUAUGUAUCUAUAUAUCUCUUGUACAGUUGUCAAUAACUGUGCUACUGUUUGUACUUCACUUUCUUUUCUGAUGAGAUACAAAAUACUGCCAUCAAACUAAUUAUAUGAUCUUCAAGAAGGAAAUCUAUGAACAGGAAUUAAACUUUCAUUUUAAACUUAAGACAUUAGUCAUAAAUUGUGUCGCCCUCUACUUGAUUUUCUUGUUUAAAAAAUAUUAAAAAGUUUGAUUCAAAUGUACUUCAUUGCUCUCAAAAAAUGUUAGACAAAGUAUAUUAGAAAUUUUAAAUAUUUCCAGUUAAUUUACAGCUUAAUAAGUGGCCAAAAGUUGCAUUUGUGUCAGUUUGAAGUAUUUUACUAUACUUAGUACUUUAUUGUGGUGAAGAAGUUAAUGGAAAUUGCAGUGAGGUAAUAAGAACCAGGUUAAAUGUGUGUAUAGACUGGUAAUUAUGAAUUGUUAGUUUGGACAAGCCCUAACAUGAUAGGGUAGAGAUGAAAAGUAUCUUUUAUUAAAGAGUUAUAAAACUUCAUAGGGGCCAUUGUGUUAAACGUUAUGCUUAAAAAAAGUGGUAUUAAAAAACAUGCAUUGUUGAA